AUGGCCGAAUAUGAAGCUUGUAUUCUUGGAUUGAAGAUGGCCAUCGACAUGAAAGUCUACGAGUUGUUGGUUAUUGGAGAUUUGGACCUUUUAAUUUAUCAAUUUCAAGGAGAAUGGGUUGUAAAGAACCCAAAGAUUAUACCUUACGUACAAUAUGUACAAAAUUUAUGCAAAAGGUUUUGUAAGAUCGAGUUCAGACAUACUCCCAAAAUACAGAAUGAAUUGUCCGAUGCUCUUGACACCAUCGGUUCGAUGAUUAAACAUCCGAAUACAGAUUAUAUUGAUCCUCUGGAUAUAGAGUUGAAAGAACAUCCAGUCUAUUGUUUCCAUGUCGAAGCAGAACCAAACGACUUGCCUUGGUAUUUUGAUAUAAAGAAGUAUGCGGAGUUUGGAACUUAUCCUGAAGAUGCUACGUCCAACCAAAAGAAGUCGAUACAUUAUACAUGCUGGAGUUUGUGGUACGCACAUGAACGGGCUUACUUUGGCAAGAAAGAUCCUACGAGCCGGGUAUUUCUGGAUGACUAUGGAGAAUGA